AUGGAGAAUAAACCAAACAAGAAAGUAGGUGGACCAGAUUGCAUUGUGGAAAUUGGUAAAAAAAAGAAAAAAAAAGCAAAAACUUACCCAGUUCCCUAUGGGCGGACACCAGGAAAUAUCUCUGCCAUAUGUAAAGCAGUAUCUAGCUUGUUAAGUAUAUCACAAACUUUAAGACAAUUAAAGUUGGAAAAUUUAAUGAUGAGACCUGAAGAUGCAGAUUCUCUUUCUGAGGGACUCAAGAAUGCAAAUCUGGUGUAUUUCUCACUUGCUGGCUGUAGGCUUGGAGAUGAAUUCAUUGAAAGACUUUGUCGGGGAUUACACGUAUCAAAAAUCGACUGGAUAGAUCUUAGCUCUUGUCGUUUAAGUAUGCGAAAUAUUACUUCACUAAGCAAUGUUAUCAAGAGUCAUAACAUAAGGAGGCAUAAUGAAAUGUUUAAGGACACUUUGCGACAACAGUUACCAUCGCUUGAUGCUCAGAAAGGAUUAAAGAGACUGUCAUUGAAUGAUAACCUAUUGUGUGAUAAAGGCAUCAAUAUUCUUUCAGAAAGUCUUUCCGAUGACCUCUGGAUUAAAGCCUUAGAUUUGCAGAAAUGUGGUGUAGGAAAUGAAGGAGCAUUGAAGCUUUUGCAAAUUGCAAAAGUAAGCCCACAAAUACAAAUCAUUGAUCUUCGUUUGAAUGAAGUGGAUGAAUACAUUUUGGAAAGGCUUUAUCAGCAGUUAGAGUUAAAUAAAGCUGGAAAAAUACUAGAAGCUGCGAAGCAUUCUACGGUUCCAAAAUCUAAUAAAUGUGAAAACAAACGUGAUGAGUCUGCUCCAGUACCUGCUGAUGAUACAAAUAAAGAAACAGAUGGUGCAUCACAAAAUCCUAAUGAUAUGGAGGAUUUGAAAAAACUUAAUGGAAAUCUCUUGAAAGAUAUAAUAAAACUUAAGAAGGCUUAUAAUUCAGAAAGGAAAAUGCAUCUCUACUUUAAAAAUCUUCUGGUUAAGUCUCAAGCUGAAAAUCAGAACUUGCGGAAAACAUUGAUAGAGAUGACGAAUCCUGAAAAUCAAAUUAUCAUAGACCAGGAAACUUUUCUCUUAGUUCAGAACACCUUUGAGAAGUUGGAGAAUUUUUUGCAUGCCAUGAAAGAACAUGGGCUUUGGGAUUAUGUUCAAAUGUAUGGUGUAGAUGGAGCUGCUGAUGUUGUUUUAGAAACAGAUUCUGAUUCGAGAAAAUGUAUGAAAGUAAUAGAAAAGCCUUCUCAGUCUGCAAAUAGCACUGAUAACAGUAAUCAUUUUCAGAAUAAGCAUGCAAGCUCUUAUAGAUGUCAAAAGGCAAAUUUGGCUCAAGGGCGAAAUUCAUUUGAAGACAUUCAAAAUGUGACUAACUCUCAUGCUGAUCAAAAGUUAAUGGAAAAACCAGUUUCUCAAGCAAAAACAAGGUCUCAGUUUGCACAUAAAGCAGCUGUGCAAAGACUGUACAAGGAAGCAUUUGAACAUUACAGUAAUAAGUCAUCUAGCUCUCAAGCAUGCUGCACAAAGCCUUCUGUUCAUAGAACUGAUGGGCUGCCAGCUAGUGUACCCGGAAAAGCACAAAGAUUACAUUUGCAUUUUGCAAAAUUACCUGUUGAUUCAAAAAUCCCUGUGCCUCCUAAAGAUUUUGUACCCACCCCACAUGAUAAUAAAUUUGAAGAGAUAUAUGACAUAAAGCAUGCAGACCAUGGUGUAGAAGAUAAAAAUGAAGUAAUAUCUGCUAAGCCUAAUUAUCCUGAUUUUAAUGAGUUGCAUUUCUCUAGUAAACCUGAUAAAAUUCCAAAAACUGCAUCAUUAAAGGAUAGAGAUUCAUCAUUUUCAUCAUCAUGGGCUAAACAAAGAAAACUGAAAAGGAAGCAUAUGAAAGAAAUUAUUGAUUCUUCAUCUUCUUCUUCCUCAGAUCCCGAUAAUUCCAGUGCUAGAUCAGAAGCAAAACUUUCAGUCAGACCAAAACAACAUUCUACAAUGAAACCUUGUAGACAAUCUAAACAAGAUUUGAAAGUCAAGAGCCAAACAUCAAGUUCAGAGUCGGUGUCUGAUAAAUCUGCAUCUACAGAUCUUUCAGCUCAUAAUUACUCACAUUCUUCAUCAUUUCCAGAAAGAGAUGUAUCAAAGCCAGAGUCCACUGCUUCUAAAACAUUUGAAAAUGAGAGUGGCUCUCACACAAUCACCGAUUUUCAUGAUCCUGCUGACGAAAAAGUCGAAGUGGUCAUGUCAUCAGUAUCAUCUGAAGAAUCUUUAUUUAAAAGCCCUUCAGAUGAUAAAGUUAGGUCAAAUCUGAAUCUUCAACAUACAAUGAAUGUGUCAUCAAAAAGCUCUCUGAAAAAGAUGAGCAUUAAGAAGUUCGAGAAAAAAUCAUCAAGCAGUUCAUCUUCAUCUAAGGAAGAAGCACCUAGAAGUUACUUUGAAUCUGUUAGUGAUGCAUCUACCGAUAAAGAUGUCAAAUCAAUAUCUGAAAUGGAAGUUUCAUUAGAUUCAUCAGCGAAAGUUAAGUCUAAGUACUCAGAUGAGUUCACAAAUAUGCAGACCAAAGUAUUCUCUGAGAGAAUUCAGAAAGAAAAUCUCUCAGAAAUAUCAGCAGGUGCCAAAUAUUCAAAUGAUAAUUGCAAAAAAGUUUCUAAUAAAUCAGAAGAGACUGAAAAAAAAACUGCCAAGAAAAUAUCUGCCACUCGUACCAAUACCGCUUCUAAGAUGACUACUAAUAAGAAACAAGAUCCUGUAGACUCAUCUGUACCAUCUUUAAGUGAUAUAACUACAGUAUCAUCACACAGUUUAAAUACAGAUUCAGUUAUGAAACAACUUUCUGAAGAUGAAAAAUCUCUUCCCUAAGAUAUGUAUGCCCUUUGCGUAUUGUAAAUAAAUUUUUUUGUUUUGUGUGUUUAA